AUGUCCCAGAUCCCGAUACUUGCUUCAUGGCGUCGACCUAUUCGGUAUCGUGUGAACAGUUCUGCAGCACUUAUUUAUUUACUGCACCCGGCAUUAAAACCGGAAUCCUUACGGCACCCCGAAAUCCCAUUUGGUGGACAAAUCCAAGUGGCCAUUCUCUUCGGCUGCGAGUCCUUUCCACGUGAGGAGGACAGUAACUGGAUGCGCAUCCGCAUUGUCACCAUUUAUCUCAACGCCUUGGCGGAUUUUUAUCAUAACCGAUUGGAACUUAUGGGCCACCCUGUAGUUCUUCACUUCAUUACAGGAGGAAACGAGGCCUUGGACAUGGAAUGGAUCCCGACCGACCACAAGAGGAGCAGGGACCUCCCAACGAGCCUCCGUCACUCCCGUGUGGCCAUUCCAUUCUUCAUUGCUGGGCUCCCGGGUCACUUGCGAAUUUCGAGGCUCCGAUUCGGCCUCACUCUCUUCGGCAUCUGACAAAGGAGGAUUCCUCUUCAAAUAAACGAGACGAGCAUAAUGGAAUUUGGAGGAAUGCAGCAUCCGAAGCCGAGGGGAAUCAGAGCCCCCGGAGUUUUCUGGAAACCACUUCACGCCAUUCCUAAGAACAGAUAGGAAAUGCAUCAGCAGGAAAAAAAAAAAAACAAGUGUAGGAUCAUCAUUGGGAAACUCUUAUUUCUAUUCAAAUUCAGAAACACAGUUCGACAUCUAUUACAAGUCUCAAAAUAAUUUUUAGGAAUGUAGAAUUCAGAGUGGAUUGGAAUCUACAUGUAGUAGCAAACUAGAGCCAACACAGAAUUUUCUGCUUAGGUAAAAUGUGGUAAGCAAUGAACACUGAUGAAAAAUAAAUCAGCAGCAGAUAUAAUUUUUUAAGGGAAAGCUAAAUAUAGGGGAAUUUCACGAGGAGGAAAGAUGGAUUGGAGAUAAGAAUCUGGAGUCUCUUCGCUUAAAUUGCUCAUUGGUGGAAAUGGGCGGGACACUUAACCACGCUGCCUCGAUCGUUCUUUACCAUUGCUAUUCUGUAAAGUUCUUCACUAAAUCGCGUUUCACUCCUGAGUAAUUGAUGUGUAAAAACCGACAACCCAUAAAACUAAUGCAAGUCAAAUGCGUCCCUGUACUGCUUGAGAGCAACAUAAGGAAAGUCAAAUGCGUCGCUGUGCUUUUUAAAGAAAACUCUAUAAAAGAAAAAUGCGACAUGUGCACCAA